UUGGUCAUUCUGUUUAGCGCACAAGGUCCGAGGAAUAACAUGGCGCCCGUCCAUUUUCUGGUCAUCAUCGUAUUAGUAGUAGCAGCUGUGACUGAUUCUGUCAUGUUGAAGGCAGUGGAUAGAGUUGACGAUCCUGAACAACAGAACGUAUACUUGAAACAUCAAUUUGAAAAUAAGGAACAAACAGACUUAUUUAACAGGGCUGUCCAUGAAGAAUCAAGGGCCAAUUCAGUAACACAUAAAGUCCAUAAUGGAACUCACACUACAGCACAUCAUGGCCACAAUGGUACUCAAACUACAGCACACCAUGGCAAUAAUGGCACACAUACUGCAGGCCACACCACAGCUCAGCACGAGACCAGUGCCGUAUACCGCCCUCCAGCCGUCGGAUUUAACGCCAUACUUACUCCGGAUUUCCUGACCAUCUCUCACAAGGAAACGAUUGUAUUUGACCACCUCCUAGUAAACAUUGGAAACGCCUAUAACAUCAGACAAGGACAUUUCACCGCACCUGUCUCGGGUCUGUACUCUUUCACUGCUAACAUCAAAUUCAGAAGUUCCAAUACCGCUGAGCUAAACGCAUCCAUUGUCAAAAAUGGCGACAAUAUCGGUCUACUGUACCUUUAUGGAGCUGACACUACCACAAGGACAACGGUCGUGAUGUUGGACGUCGGGGAUAUCGUGUGGCUGAAGAACAACGUCAACAACUCCCCCAGAAUCUACGGAGGGGGACUCAGCACUUUCUCGGGCUUCCUCAUUACUCCUGCCGAUUAAUGAGAGACAAACUCUGAUCAGAAAGAUGGCGCAUUGAGUUGAUCCCAUCAUUCCAUAACCUGUUUCAGAAGCAGUUUUUCUUUUAUUAUUCUUUCAUUUUAACUUUUUAAGAACAGUAUAAUAUACCGGUAUCUAUUAACAAUGAUGAUUAAUAGUAAUUACAUUAAUUGCUAAUUACAUGUAGCAAAUAUUGAAAUGGUCGUCUUAAUUUAAUAUAAAAUGUUGUUCUGAUUGACGUCUAAGGUGUGUAUAUUGGUAUUCAAAUGUCAUAGAAUAAAAAGAACACAUUCACCAAAA